UAUCACUGGCGCUUGACAGAAAUCAGAGGGGGUAAACCUCAGAAAUGUGUGUGUCAGUAAUUUUCAGAGUCAGUACUGAAGUCACCACUGUGGAGUUUUAGUCAGUUCAACAGAUAUCUGGAGCUUGCUAACUCCUCGUCGGUGUAACGUUAACCGUCUGCCGGUGGAAAUGAUCGAGUUAAUUUAAGUUAGAUGUUAUUGCCCGUGUCUCUGACUGUGCCCACAUGAGUGUGUUGGGAGUGUGUAUGCAUGUCUGCAUACAUCUGGAGGAAGUUGCGGGAAAAGAGAUUUGUCUGUGAGUAUGUGAUAAGUAAUAAGGUAAUUCAGCUGGUCUUUACUUAGUCGAUACUACAUUUUGCAAAUAAGAAAACCAAAACCAAAACUCUCGUUUUGUCAUGUCCAUGUGAAACUCAAACUCGGAUGAGAUGAGCAUCUGGAGUCUUUUGUGAGUCAUGUUGAAAAUAAAGAAAAAUCUGAACCAUCACAGCUGCUCUGUCUGCUGUGGUUGUCAUCCAUGAUGUCAGAUUUACCAGCAGUUACAAAAAGGAGUGUGUGUUGUGUAUGUGAUGGCAGAGCUCCCGUCAGGACUGCUGGAGGCAUGUGUAGUGGUCGGAGCCCCCAGCGAUAAGCUUCGAGACGUAUACCAGCUUAAUCAGCAGAAUAAGUUAACUGAACUUCCCCUGCUGGAAGCUGAGGUACUGCAGGUCCAUGCCCCGCCGUUUGUUUCCAAGGAGACCAACUCCAGUCAGGUGAUUGGUCCAGCGUUCAGCCGUGUUCAGAGGAGGAGAAGCUUCAUCAAGAAGAAGAAGCGAGAUCGUGCUACAGAGGCGUUGCCUAAUGGAGAAACAGCCAAUCGUGCUGAAGCUUCCUCAGCGACAGAGGACAUCAGUGUUCCAAAGGACCUGGACCUCAUCGCCUUACCACAGCUCUGUUUCCCUGGUGGUCUUCAGUUGGCCAAUGAGCAGAGAGAAGACAGUUAUCACUUCCUGGUUUUUACCGACCUGUUUGGGAACCGGACCCACGGAGUUAUUGUGCAAUACUACAGGGCUUAUCAGUCCUAUCAGGAAGGAGUUGUCCAGAAUGGCCACAAGUGGAAUUCAUCAAAGUCCCGUCUUUAUACACCCUUUGCCGUGUGUGUCAUCUCCAAGUUCCCGUACUACAAUGCCUUGAGAGACUGCUUAUCAUGUCUCCUGGUCCAGUUGCGGCCUGCAAGACAAGCAGACUUUGAGGAGACGAUCAAGGAGUUUUCAGCCAAGUUGUCUCUUGUCCCUUUACCACCUCCUGGACAGCUACACGUGUCCUUUAGCCUCCGUCCUCUCCAGGUGGUUCUUCCAUCCAGAGAGGAUCAGGACAGCCCUGUUAUCGACAUCGACCUGCAUCUACCAUUCCUCUGUUUCUCACACGCAACACUGCUCCAGGUGUUGUCCUGCCUCCUCCAAGAACAGAGGCUGGUCUUCUUCUCUGCUGACUGGGCCAGACUCACUCUGGUCGCAGAGAGUCUUCUGUUGUACCUGCAGCCGCUGACCUGGCAGCAGCCUUAUGUUCCCGUGCUGGCUAAAGGAAUGCUGGACUUCCUCAUGGCUCCUACCGCCUUCCUGAUGGGCUGCCACAUCAGUCAUUUUGAAGAAGUUGCUGCAGAAACGGAGGACCUAAUCCUGGUGAAUAUUGAUGAUGGCAUCAUUCAGUCGUCAUGCUCUGAAACCCUUGACCUGCCAGCUGUCCCUCUGGCUGCAGCUGAGAGCUUUAUGUCAAGGGCAGAGAGUCUCCAGCUUCACUAUGACUUGGAGCUGUGUCACCUUGGAGCGGGCACUGAUGCCAAUGUCCUGCGAUGUCAGCGCAGAGACUGGCAGAGAAGACUCAACACACAGAUACAAAACAUCGCCCUGGAGCUAGUGGUCAACACCUUCAGAGGUGUCCAGGACUUUCUAAACCAUGAACACAGAGUUUUUAACAGUGAGGAGUUUCUGAGGACCAGGGAGCCAGCAGAUCAGCCCUUUUACAAGAAGGUGUUGGAAACUCAUAUCUUCCACUCAUUCUUGCGAGACAGACUGAACAGGAAACGGGACACCUUCAGCCACAUGGAGCAGACCACGCGUAACCAUGCACACAGGAAUCGUGCAAUGACUGAGACUCCUCGACGUCCUCCCAUGUCUGAACUGUCCAGGAACGGCUACAGCAGCUACACCAGCCCUGAUAACAGACUGAGCAAGAGGCUGGGAGCCAGCCUGCCGAACCUGGAGCAACCUGCCAGUGAAACUCUGACUGUCAUCAGCUCCAACAGGCCAUCCUCUCUCAGGAAAAUGACUCCUGAUAUUGGGUUGAAGUCUCCUCAGAUAGCAGUGAAGGUUUUCCGUCUCCCAGAGUUCCCCCCUCCUUUGGCCUAUCAUUACGUCCAGAACUAUUAUUCUGACAUGGUUGCUUCCCUGGGGAAGGCUAUUAAUGCUACACCAACUGAUGAAUCUGCUCUGCUGGCCAGGUAUCACUACCUGCGUGGUUUGGUAAACACUGUGUCCAACAAACGUCUGGAUGCACUGGAGGACUUCCAGAGUCUUUAUAAGACCGACUCAGAUAUUUUUCCAUCCCAGAUGGUUAAGUCGCUGGUGGACUCACUGCUGGAAGUUGAGCGGUUACAGGCGGACAAACGUCCAGAACUCAAACGGCUCAUCAGUCGGGUCAAGAGGGACCAGGAGCGAGAACGUGCACGAAGCGUCAACGGACACGAGGAAGGUGCUGUGAAACGCUUCCAGCUGCCCAAAAAAUACAUGCAGCUCGAGGAGUUUGUGAAAUGUGUUCAGGAGUCCGGCAUCGUGAAAGACCAGGGAGCCAUUCAUAGACUUUUUGAUGCUCUAACUGUAGGUCAUCAGAAGCAGGUUGGUCCAGAGUUGUUUAGAGUGUUUUACACCAUCUGGAAGGAGACUGAGGCCGAAGCACAAGAGGUGUGUUUGCCUGCAUCUGUGUUGGAGCACAUUGAGCCAAGCGAGUGCGUCUUUAAGCUGUCCUCCUCGGUCAAGACGAACCGCGGUGUGGGGAAGAUCGCCAUGACUCAGCGGCGGCUUUUCCUGCUCACUGACGGACGACCGGGAUACAUAGAGGUGGCGCAGUACAGAGAUUUAGAGGAGGUGAAGGUGUCCUCAGCUCCCUUCUUGCUUCUGAGAAUCUCCAGCCUGAAGUUACGUGUUCGGGGAAGGAAAGAGGCAUUUGAGGCCAAUCUGAAAACUGAGGCUGAACUCUGGAACCUGAUGGUCAAAGAGAUGUGGGCAGGACGCAUCAUGGCUGACCAGCACAAGGACCCGCAGUACAUGCAGCAGGCUCUGACUAACGCCUUGUUAAUGGACGCAGUAGUGGGCAGCCUUCAGAGCAGUAAGGCCAUUUAUGCUGCUUCGAAGCUGGCUCACUUUGACCGCAUCAAGAUGGAAGUGCCGAUGAUGGUCCCCAAGACGACUGCAGAGACGCUGAAGCACAAAAUUAACCCUUCACUGGAACUGGCUGCACCUCAAGCUGUGGAUGUACUUCUAUACACACCAGGUCAGUUAUGGGUGUCUGUGAGCGGGGGGAAGGUGAUGGUGUUUGAUGCCUCCAGCUGGUCCCUCACACACACCUGUCAUGUGGGGAAUGCAAGACUGAACUGUAUGCUGGGAGUUGACAAAGACCAAGUCUGGAUGGGCUCUGAGGACUCCGUUAUCUACAUCAUCAGCAUGGUGGCCAUGGUCUGUAACAGACAGCUGACUGAACACAGGGCAGAGGUCACCGGACUUGCAGUUGACACAGACAAAUACAGUCAGAAGGUGGCGUACUCAUGCAGUGCAGAGGGAAGCGUCAUGGUGUGGGAAGUCUCGACACUGCAGGUGAAGAGACACUUCCGCCUUUCUUGUGACCGUCUGCAGUCUGUCUACAGCUGCAGCGCAACGCUCUGGUGCUGCUCGAGGGACAGCAUAAUGGAGGUAUGGAGGAACGGUUCACUGAAACAUCGUCUGAAUCUGCCAGAGCAACAGAAAGGAUCCACGGCUACGUUUAGCUCUAUACUGCUGUUACCUGAGAGGGAGGAGCUGUGGAGUGUGUGUCUAGACUCAGGAGAAGUGUGUAUUUGGCAUACUAAGGACACCAUGAAACCGUUCCAGCGUGUGGUGUUACAAGACUGCACCGGCUGUUACUGCAUGAUUAAAGUGAAAAAUCAGGUGUGGGUUGGCGGUGUAGCCCGCAGUUCUACCAAAGGGAAGAUUUACAUAUUGGACACAGAGCGCCAUCAGGUGUUGAAAGAGCUUCACGGCCACAACGACAAGGUGAUGGCGCUCUGCUCUGCUGAGGAUCGGUACGUCCUUAGCGGCGCUGCCAAACACGACGGAAAGAUCGCCAUCUGGAAGGUGGAGUAGGGAUGUUUACUAGCCGGGAAAGGACACAUUUUCUUAAUGCCAUCGCUUUGUUAAAACUACUCUGAGACCGCUUGUUUAAAAACGGAGGGAAGAUCCGUGUUUGGACACUGGAGCAAAGGGAGGGGGUGAUCAAAAUAGCAACCUCGACCUGCCUCUGCAUCUCAAGAGAUAUGAAGGAAUCACAUGGCAGUCAUGUGAAGCAACAAGUUAAAUGAUUGUUUACAUAAAGUGUCACCAACUGAGCAGCUCCUCUCGCCUGCUAUGAAGUGGUGGCUUGCAGUAUGAAAUACUAACAUGUUUUUCGGGAAUAUGAAGGACAAAUAAAGACUGAUAUCAGAAAAGUGGAUCCAAGUUCUGCAGGAUAUUUUUCCAAUCCAAAGUGCUUCACUUUACUGAAGGUAUAUAUUAUAUUUUUAUUAAUAUAACACCCUUUUUUACCUUAAGUUUAAAUAGACUAGUAUUAUGUGGGAAGCUUUUGUAACUGAGCCUCGCCUCUGACUGUUUUUGAGGUGAAUUCGAGAUAAAACAAAAACGUCAGUGAUCACAUACUUCACCCUCCCUGUAGGAAAACCCAAACAAAUCUUUAUUCUCAUGGGAGUUAUGCUUUAAUGGAUCAUCUACAGUGGAGAGUGACGGGAGAGAUGAUGAAAGACAAGACAAAGUUGGGAGCUGGACUCGUGACAUAACGCUGACAUGUGAUAUAUACAGUAAAGUGUGAUGUGUUUCAGAGUGUCUCAAGAAAAACAAGGUUAGUUCGGCAGAAACGCAAAUCUAUCAGCGAUUAAAACCCCACAAUACUUCA